GUAGCGGCUGUCGAUUUGCUGCAGACGCCUCCGUGCAGUGCGGCGCGAUCUCAGAAGCUUCCUGAGGGUUUGUACGGACGCUUCCAAGGAAAACCAGCUUUUGCGGUGCUUUUAUGCUCAAGUAGACUUCACUGUAGCGGAACCCGCAUUUCUUCCACCCAAUGUCUAACACACUUCGCGUCGUUAACUUGCUCCAGCAAGUGUCGCGGGCAUCAUGCCGGUGUCCAGCUCACGCCACAGUUUCAUCUGUUCAAGGCAUUAGAGAUAGCCACCAUGACCACCAUGUGGACCUUCCAAAGAGCGACUAUGCAUUCGAGAUGGCCUGCUCCAACAUUCGCUAUGGACCCGGGGUGACCAGAGAAGUUGGAAUGGAUAUGAACAAUCUUGGGGCGAAGAAUGUCUGCCUCAUGACGGACCCAAACCUGGUGAACUUGCCGCCUGUUCGAGACACCUUGGACUCCCUGCACCGGCACAAUGUCAACUACAGCCUGUUCAGCGAAGUCUGCAUUGAGCCCACAGACGAGAGCUUCCAAAAGGCUAUAGCGUUUGCCCGAGCAUCUGAGUACGACGCAUUCCUGGCAGUGGGCGGUGGCUCCACCAUCGAUACGUGUAAGGCUGCCAACUUGUACUCAUCCAACCGUGACCGAGACUUCCUGGAUUUUGUGAACGCUCCCAUUGGUCGUGGGGUUCCCAUACCAUCAAACCUCAAGCCGCUGGUUGCAGUGCCCACAACAGCUGGCACAGGCAGCGAGACGACAGGUGUGGCCAUCUUUGACUACCUACCCCUGCGUGCUAAGACAGGCAUCGCACACCGCGCCCUCAAGCCUACACUGGGAAUCGUUGACCCACUGCAUGCGCUCCACAUGCCCGAGAGAGUGGCUGCCUACAGUGGAUUCGAUGUGCUCUGCCAUGCGCUUGAAUCGUACACGGCCAUUCCUUUCAACAAGCGCACACCCUGCCCACCCAAUCCCAUACAGAGGCCUGCCUACCAGGGCAGCAACGCCAUCAGCGAUGUCUGGUCACUCUAUGCACUACGCAUCAUCAACAAGUACUUCAAGAGAGCCGUGUACGACAAAGGGGAUGUCGAGGCUCGUUCUCACAUGCAUCUGGCCAGCGUCUAUGCUGGCAUUGGCUUUGGCAAUGCUGGAGUUCAUCUCUGCCAUGGCAUGUCUUAUCCUAUUGCCGGCCAAGUGAAGGACUACAAGGCAACUGAGUACGUCACCGAUCACCCCAUCAUUCCCCAUGGCCUCUCAGUGGUAAUGACAUCACCGGCUGUCUUCGAGUUCACUGCCGCCAUGUGUCCCGAGCGCCACAUUGAGGCAGUCAAGGCCCUCGGCGGUGAUGUCACUAACCUCAAGGAAGAAGAUGCUGGCCGGGCCUUGGCUGAUGUGCUGCGCAAGUACAUGCAGGACAUGAAGGUGGACAAUGGACUCUCUGCCCUGGGCUAUGGCACUGAGGACAUCCCUGCUCUAGUGAGGGGCACCCUGCCACAGGAACGUGUGACACGCCUGUCGCCACGCACUCACACCGAAGAUGACCUGACCCAGCUCUUCGAAGAUUCAAUGACGGUGUACUGAGCUCAGAUGCAGCUCAUGGGGCAAGGAUCGGCCUGGACGACCAAACGUGCUGCCACUCAUGCAGCCACCUGUUUGUAUGUGGCUCCUCCAAAUUUGGGACCUAGCAUGUGCCCAAGAGGGGACAGUGUUUAAGGUGUCACCACACCAGAUGUGCUUUCUGAUGCUUUUCAAUGAUUGCAAAAUACUGUCUUUUUGCAACAUUGCUAAUGACAAGAACAUACCAGAAGCAGUGCUAAUUCGCACCUCAAAAACUUUUCAUGGAGAAAGCUGUAAAUCAAACACUUGCUGUGCAAGACUACUGCAUCAGGUCUAGUGAAAUAUCAUGACGUUUUUGGUGUUUAUGAAAGGUUUGCAUCAUAUGAUGAAACAACCAACUUUAAGACAUUAGUAGGGGAUACGCGACAUUGGAGUGGAGCACAGAGCCACAUUAUAAGCAGGUGUGUAAGGUGGAAGCGAUUAUUCUUGAAAUGAUGAAGCAACAAGAAAUGUUAUCAAAAAGUGAAGUUAUGUUGCAAGUGGUGAAUGAAGCACUGGGAGGAAAACACAGACUCACUUCUGUAGUCUUGCAAAACGAAUUGGGUUCAUUAGUGCAGGCCCCACCGCAGUGGUCUAGUGGCUAUGGUACUUGGCUGCAGACCCACAGGUCGUGGAAUGGAAUCCCGGCUGCGGCGGCUGCAUUUUCGAUGGGGGCAGAAAUGUUGUAGGCCCGUGUCCUUAGAUUUGGGUGCACGUAAAAGAACCCCAGGUGGUCGAAAUUUCCGGAGUGCUCUACUACGGCGUCUCUCAUAAUGAUAUUCUGGUUUUGGGACGCUAAACCCCACAUAUCAAUCAAUCAACUAUUAAUGCAGAGAGAACACAUCAAGAGGGCAUGCAAUUAUCCUUUGAAGUACUCAUGCAUGCCAAGACCUGCAAUUAAAAAUUUUUUAGCUGAUUACCCUGCCCCAUUCUCGAUGCCUUUUGCGUUUUCAUUGUGAACAUUUUUGUGUUUCCAGUGCAAAACGAAUAAUUCUUGUACCUGGCCUAGGUGCGCAGAUGUAUAUAUGGGUCUGAAACUAGAACUGCCAUAAGUUCGUAUUUUGAUGAAAUAAAAAUACUACGCUUCAAAGAA